UUUAUUUUUAGCAGAGGUGAAAAUGUGCCACUUUGACCUUACCGACAUGGCAGUUGCCAAGUCGACUAGUAUGACCCCGAAGGAAACGAUUCCGAAGACGUCACUUCCUUGUGGUGUGACGGGUCGGUCACGUGAUGCGGGUUUAGCGCUGUCCUUCUCUCACCACUUUUUGGCCUAAAACUGAUAUUAAUAUGGCAGAUGUUGGACAGUUAAUGAUUGAUUUCGGUGCGUUUUCACUCGAUGUGCGUUUGUAUGCCGUUAGUUCCGCUACAGCGACGGGAAUUUGGCGACGAAACGGUCUUUCUUGCUGGCCGAGCGUCACGUGACCUCCACGCGAUUCUUGGCGUUUGGUAAAGAUGGCGGCGGGUGGUUAGAAAACAGGCGAAGCGGAGGGCCAGCAUCCUUCAAACCACCGCGACACUCGGAGGUCCCUGGGAAUCAUUGAGUAGGUGCAUUAUACAAUGGAUCCGGGACAAGAUUUGCUUCUUGCAGCCCUUAGUGAAAGUGGAAUCUGCCCAACUGACCUUUUUGACAUUGAUUCUCAGGACACUGCUCAGUCCCCUGCCUCACAACAGUCAGUCUCAAAGAAUGUCCUUGACAUUGGUCUCGGUAGUGAAGCAGCUGGCAUUGUUGGAAUUGAACCUGCUGUGCCUCCCACACCUACAGUCACAGUGCGACAGAAACCUCAGCCCUCAACCACUACUUUCGUUUUAAAUCAACUGAAUCAACUGCCAUCACUGGGAACCAUUGUGGUCACAAAGCCCUCAAUGGGAACCUCCUCCAGACAGACCAUCACAGUAACCAAGGUGGUGCAGACGCCAUCGUCAACCCAACGAAGCUCAUUCUCAUCCUCCACUACAGCCACCGUGUGCAGUGUGGUCCCACCGAAUCGGGAGCAGACAAAGCUGAAGGACCUUCUUCGGACCAGCGGUGUAAAGACAAACAGUCUUGGUGAACUUAUGAAGCUGAAGCCUCCACCUGAUAUUGCACAGCCUGUUGCUACAGCUACAGGCACAAAGAUUUUUUUGCUCUCUACAAAGUUGAUUAAUAAACCAGUGGAGGUAAACAAUGGAGUAAAAAAGGAGGUGUUGAGCAAAGAUGUUGCCAGAAUUUGGGCCAAUGAGGAAAUAAAAAUGCGAAGCUUUUCACCUGUAAAUUUACCUACAAUGAAAGAGGAGGAGGAACCAGAGGAGGAAGAGGAGGAGGAGUUGGGACAUGCAGAAACAUAUGCUGAAUACAUGCCAAUGAAAUUGAGAAUAGGAGAGCGGCAUCCUGAUCCUGUGGUUGAGACCAGCUCCCUCUCAAGUGUCAGCCCUCCUAAUGUGUGGUACAGACUUUCCAUUCCGGAGGAGACAAUCGACAGAGGAUGGUUAUCUGCUCUUCAGCUUGAGGCCAUUACAUAUGCUUCUCAGCAACAUGAGACAUUCCUUCCAAAUGGGGACAGAGCAGCUUACCUGAUUGGUGAUGGUGCUGGUGUAGGAAAGGGAAGAACUAUUGCUGGAAUCAUAUAUGAAAACUACAUUCUGGCCAGGAAAAGAUCUCUCUGGUUUAGCGUCUCAAACGACUUGAAGUAUGACGCAGAGAGGGACUUGAGAGAUAUCGGUGCAAAAAACAUCCAGGUCCAUUCUUUAAACAAGUUUAAAUAUGGAAAGAUUUCGUCAAAACACAAUGGAAGUGUGAAAAAAGGUGUGAUCUUUGCUACAUAUUCAUCCCUGAUUGGAGAAAGUCAAACUGGUGGAAAGUAUAAGACAAGAUUCAAACAGUUACUCCAUUGGUGUGGGGAUGAUUUUGAUGGUGUGAUAAUCUUUGAUGAAUGUCACAAAGCCAAAAAUGUUUGCCCAAUUGGGUCAUCGAAACCCACAAAGACUGGACUGGCGGUUCUUGAGCUCCAGAACAAACUGCCAAAAGCACGUGUUGUUUAUGCCAGUGCUACAGGUGCAUCUGAGCCUCGGAACAUGGCUUACAUGAAUCGUCUUGGGAUCUGGGGGGAAGGAACUCCUUUUAAAGAAUUUUCAAAUUUUAUUCAAGCUGUUGAAAGAAGAGGUGUGGGUGCCAUGGAAAUUGUUGCCAUGGAUAUGAAAUUGCGAGGAAUGUACAUUGCUCGACAGUUGAGCUUCCAGGGUGUGACAUUUAAGAUCGAGGAAGUCCCUCUAACACAAAACUACAUCAAAAUGUACAACAAGUCGGUCCGUCUGUGGGUGAGUGCACGGGAGAAAUUUCAGCAAGCAGCUAACUUGAUGGACGCCGAGCAGCGUAUGAAAAAGUCGAUGUGGGGUCAGUUCUGGUCCGCACACCAAAGGUUUUUCAAGUACCUGUGCAUCGCUUCAAAGGUGCGCCGAGUGGUGCAGCUAGCCCGAGAGGAAGUGAAGAAUGGAAAGUGUGUGGUCAUUGGCCUGCAGUCAACGGGUGAGGCUCGAACACUCGAAGCCUUGGAGGAAGGUGGAGGCGAGCUCAAUGACUUUGUCUCUACAGCUAAGGGUGUCCUGCAGUCUCUAGUGGAGAAACACUUCCCUGCCCCAGACAGACAGAAGCUUUUCAGUUUACUGGGUAUUGAUCUAUCUGCAAAGAAAACACCUUCACCGGCAGAAACUAAGGAGGAGCAGAAGGGCAAGAAAAGGAAAGGUGCAGAGGUUAAAAAAGGAUCAAAGAAGUCCCGCAAGUCUGGCGGUCUUUCAGGCACCAGCUCAGAUGAAAGUAAUUCGGAAGUUUCUGACAAAGACGACAGCGAGGACAGCUUUGCCUCGGGCAGCUCAGGAGAUGAAGACGAAGAUGACUUCAACCCUUUCAAGGACGAUUCCAGUGAGGAUGACGAAGAUGAUCCGUGGCUAAUUCGUAAAGAGUCAAAGAAGAGCAAGGAAAAGAGGAACAAGAAGAAGAAGAAGAGCAUAGACCCAGAUUCCAUUCAAAGUGCCUUGUUAGCCUCUGGGCUUGGUUCAACCAGGCCUGCUUUUACUACACCUGUUGUAAAACCUACGACCAACAACGCUGUGGCUCCUGCUAAACGUGAACCUGAGGAAAGUAGCUGUGUCACCAGUAAUGAUGCAGUGGAGGAUGCCCAGCAGAUGAAACGGGAGCUGCUAGAGCAGCUGGAGAAACUGGCUGAGAAUUUGCCACCAAACACACUGGAUGAGCUCAUUGAUGAGUUGGGAGGCCCUGAAAAUGUGGCAGAGAUGACUGGCCGAAAGGGUAGAGUAGUCAGCAAUGAUGAUGGAAGCAUCUCUUAUGAAUCAAGAUCAGAACUGGACGUUCCUGUCGAAAUCCUGAAUCUCACAGAGAAGCAGAGAUUUAUGGAUGGAGAAAAGAAUAUUGCUAUAAUCUCGGAGGCUGCCAGUUCUGGUAUUUCACUCCAAGCAGACCGUAGAGUGAAGAACCAGAGGAGAAGGGUGCACAUGACUUUAGAGCUGCCGUGGAGUGCAGACCGGGCUAUUCAGCAGUUCGGCAGAACACACAGAUCUAACCAGGUCACGGCUCCCGAGUAUGUAUUCUUGAUAUCGGAACUUGCUGGAGAACAAAGAUUUGCCUCCAUUGUUGCCAAAAGAUUAGAGAGCUUGGGUGCACUCACACAUGGAGAUCGAAGAGCCACAGAGACGAGGGACCUUAGUCGAUUUAACUUUGACAACAAAUAUGGCAGAAAUGCUCUUGAGAAUGUCAUGAAGUCUAUCGUCAAUUUGGAUGCUCCCAUGGUCUCUCCACCUUCUCAUUUUGAAGGGGAUUUCUUUAAAGAAAUUCGCAAUGGAUUAAUUGGUGUUGGGCUGAUUAAUGUGGAGGAUAGGUCUGGUGUUCUCUCACUGGAUAAGGACUACAACAACAUUGGAAAAUUCUUGAACCGCAUCCUUGGCAUGGAGGUCCAGCAGCAGAAUGCCCUUUUCCAGUAUUUCUCUGACACUUUAAAUGCUAUUAUUCAGAAUGCUAAAAAGAAUGGCAGAUAUGACAUGGGGAUUCUGGAUUUGGGCUCUGGGGAUGAGAAGGUUAAAAAGAUUGAUGUGAAAAAGUUCUUGACACCAGGUUACUCCACAUCAGGCCAUGUUGAACUUUAUACAGUUAGUGUGGAGAGGGGUAUGUCUUGGGAGGACGCUACCCAUAUCUGGGCAGAACAGAAUGGACCAGAUGAUGGCUUCUAUGUGCAGGUACGCAAUAACAAGAAAAUAGCUAUCAUGGUCAAAGAAGUCAACACCAAGAAGAGACUGUUUAUGGUGUACAGACCGAAUACAGGAAAACAGCUCAAACUGGAGACGUACACAGAUAUACGGAAGCGAUGCAAAAAGGUUCUUUCAGAUGAAGCUAAGCAGUGCUGGGUUGAUCAGUACAAGUCUUCAGCAGAUGUUUGCUCUCAUGCCUAUUGGCGUGGUAACUGCAAGAAGGCAUCAGCGGGUCUGCAGUGUGAAAUAGGGCUGCGUUGCCGGACGUAUUAUGUUCUUUGUGGCUCUGUGCUCAGUGUGUGGACCAAAGUAGAGGGUGUUUUGGCUUCUGUAAGUGGAAGCAACAUGAAGAUGCAGAUUGUCCGUUUGAGAACUGAAGAUGGACAACGAAUAGUAGGUCUGAUCAUUCCAGCAAACUGUGUGGCUCCCCUCACCAACAUCCUGUCCUCGUCAGACCAAUCGCAGCAGCUGGCUGUACAGCAGCAACAGAUGUGGCAGCAGCUGCACCCACAGAGUCUCAGCCACUCGUUCAACACAUAGCAAAACCCAGUGGGCCAACAGCAGACACGGGACCCCAGCACUGCAUCACAAGCCUCCCUCCCCGCCACUAUACUAUGAGGAAGACUGCUCUCAUAGCAUGAUAGAGGCUUGCUGGACUACUGACUCAAAAGCUGUAAAGCCUCAGAUGUUGAAGAGGAAGUAGUGUGAGGAUGGGUAGGGAGAAUAAAAUAAUGUUCAAGCUGCUUGCUUUUUUUUUUUUUGUCCCCCCCCUGCCUGUGUUCAACUCCUUAUUCUUUAAAGCUGCAAAAUCAUCUAUUUGUUUUACACAGGUCAGAGGUUCACAAACUUCACAUCAGAUUUUUCCAGGCCUCAAAACAAACAGCAUGCUCUUUGGCCUGAGUUUGGACCUCAUACGUUUCUGCCAUUGACUGUCAAUUCCAUCAUUUUUGCACUAAAAUAAACAGUUUGGCCAAAGAUGAAAUGUACACUCUUUUCUUCUUAUAAGAACUGUAAUGAAUCAGAUGUGUUUCCAUUAGAUUUUCACUGGAGUUAUAAGCCUAAUGCAGAGAAGUAGAAUUUGAAUGAUGGGCAUCUUAUCUGAUAAGUUACGUUCAGGCAAAAAGUAAAUUGUAUGCAUUCUUUUGGUCAAACUAUUUCUUUUAGACAUUAAGACUGUCUGUUUGCUCUAAUAACCCAUUUCUGUCCUGAAACUUUCUUUCUUCAGCAUAGUAAUUAUACUUAUUGCCACGGGUAUUUUAUUUCAGAACAGGAUGUAAUUGUACAAAAUAAUGAUUACAUUGUAAACUUGCUAGUACUUUUUUUUUUUUUUUUUUAAUCAAUCAAUAAUAGCAGAAUUGCACAACAAUAGACUGCAUGCUAGGAUCUUCUGGGAUCUGCUUUUCCACCCCGUAACCCCCUCUGGUAUUCUGUAGCAUGCUUAAUGCUAUCAACUGCAAACUUCUGGGAUUUGUUCAAUGUCAAAGUGCAAAGAUGGUGGAAUAUCCUUUGUAAAGAUCAAAUAAGAUCUCAAUUAAAUAAUGCUCUCCUAGGGAAAGCACUGACUCUUCAGUGGGUUAAUAAAUGAUAGUAUCUACCCCUAUGGUCUUGUCUGGCCUCAUCAGGAACUGAUGCUGCAUGGUUGAAUGGAUAACUAGCUACGUUUAUUUUGUCUAUUUAUCAAAGAAAUCCAUGUCUGAGAGGGUCAGGUUAUUUUUCUCCUUUACUCUGUUUUUGUAUAUUUAAGAACAAGGUUGUUGUCAACAUUUCUUAUAAACUGGAAUCUGUUCAUUAGAAAGCCACAUCCACAUUGACCAGCUUUUAAUUAGUACACUUCCUGCUCCUUGCUUAGUUUUUUUGUUUUGUUUUUUGUUUUUUGUUUUUUUCUUUGCUGUAAAAUGGAACAUUUUAAUGUACUAGUGUGGAAGGACUAUAUAAUGACUUUUCCCACCACUUCAUAAUACAUUGUAAAUGAUCACCAGGUUUUUUUUUCUGAUAUUUGUGGAUAGCUGCAUAUCUGAAGUUAUGUUCUACUUAUGGUAUAGAUGUCGGCACACGUUAGAGACAAUGUCGUUUCAGCCUUGCACGAGUUGCACUACUGAUGGAUCACUUGUACUUGUAGAAAAACAAACCAAUCUUAUGAACAUUGAACGGAGUGCAAGAUCUCUACCUCUUGCAUAUGACCAAUAAAUCUUGUGGUUAACCUUGA